AGAGUGCACUUCUACCGAUUACCAACCCCUCCUUCUCCCCCCCCCCCUUCCCACGAUGCCUCUCCUCCUCCUGCUACAGCUCUGGACCUUCUCGAAUAGCGGUGUUAGUAAUCUGCAAGUUUCCGUAGCGUCGAUAGGCAUGUCCGAUUCAAGAGUCAAAUGGCGGCAGAGGGUGGCAGGCGGAGCCUCCUGUACCAAUGAUAGUGUCACUCUAGUUAUUUGUUUUUGAAAAGGCGUCUUGCAGACAGCAUCGUGAGAGACACGGCACGGCUAUAUGUAUCUUAAACCCUUUCACUGCACCGUGGUCCUUGCAGUGUUUUUCUCUACUUCCUCCACCCCUCUCUUCCCCGGUAUUCAUCCCAUCAUUGAGGUGAAUGUUCCAGAUGAGCUCAGGUCCGCCAUGUUUAGGGAUCCUACUUUCUUUCAGUCACUAUUCUUGAUCUUUUGGCCCGUAAUGUCCAUGUGAUCACUGUAUAUUGCCCAAUUCUGCAAGCGAACAUUACAGCCAACCCGACCACAGUAGCUGCCUUAUCAGUGCUAGAUUAUACCUCCUUGCUCAUAUUAUGCUUGAUUACAAAGUUUUCGAGAUUCUUAAUUGCUACUAUUAGGUUCAAUCCCGAACUCCACGUCCUCAUCGAUGUUCUUCAGUCACAUUCUUCUUUUAAGUGCGCCAUCUUGUCCUUCGUCUAAAUUAUUGAUCAGUCACCAACCUCUCUUCGUGUCGGCAGAUUGAUUCAUCUCUCCUUUGUUCUCUGAAUUGCAUCUGUGGUUACUCCCACGGUCAUUGUUAGUGGUACUGCCACCUCUAUAUCCUCCAGUUCUGGCUCAAGAAAUAAUGAGUGAGUAGUGACUGGUUGGUCUAUUUAUAAAGCUGCAGGUGAUUUGUUAUCAUGGUAGUGCACAGAUGUUUCGAAGCAAGACAACCAAAUGGCUCCAGCAUUAGGUGCAGCUAGUUCUUAUAUAGUUUGGUUCUCACAACAGUAUACGUUGAAUAUGAAAUGUUGACCACAUUCAAAUCGAAUUUUUGCACAGCGUCAGUGAGAUGUGCUUAUAUGACAACCACCGGGCGAAGUAUUGGCUGGAUUGACAUGCUUUCAUCGUGGCUCCUACUUCUGCUGCAGGCCGUCUCUGUUUUUAUUAUCAAUUAGUUUAUAGAAAAAACUAGUCAAUAUGACAAGGCUGUCGAAGCCGUCGGCAAAUGGUAUAAACGAUGUUCGCAAAGGAGCCUGGGGUGCGGAUGAGGACGAAAAGCUUCGCAAGUAUGUGGAGAAGUAUGGCACGGGGCACUGGCGCAGUGUGGGAAAAAAAGCAGGGUUACAACGGUGUGGGAAAAGCUGUCGGCUACGUUGGACUAACUAUCUGCGACCAGACAUUCGACAUGGGAGCUUCUCUGAGGAAGAGGAGGAUCUCAUUGUCAAACUGCACACCUCACAUGGAAGCAGAUGGUCAUUGAUAGCGGCGCAACUGCCAGGGCGAACUGACAACGAUAUCAAGAAUCACUGGAACACUCGACUGAAGAAGAAGCUUUGUGACAUGGGUAUAGAUCCUGUCACCCACAAGCCCAUCGCCCAGUUAUUGCGCGACCUUGCAGAAACCUUGGCCCUCUCAGGCUCCGCUGUAAAUUCGGAUGCAGUGGAAGAGGCGCAACGGUGCUUUCGUGACACUAUACUUAACAAAGCAGUGCGAGAGUGUGGAAGACCUUUGGAGGUUCAGCCUUUCUCCACGAGCCAAAUCGGUAUGCAAGAUUACCGACAGCCAUCAGCUGGAAACGCUGGCACAGCCAAUCACUAUCACCUUAACGCACAUCAGUUUGAGAUGAGCGCCAACAAUUCCGACUACAGCAGGGGCGGGGAAGAGGAAUCCUUCUCGGGACGCUCUCCCAGCCCAACUAUUUACUCGAACUUGAACCACUCGGCAUAUAAUCGAGGCUGGUCCGGCGAACAGAGCCUGCAGGACGAAACUUUAAGGAUAUCAGAGGGAUCUUACGCCUUUCCAAACCAGCUGACGAUACCUGCAGAUCAAACACUGCUCAGACUUCAGGAAAUUGCCACGCAGUCCGUCAUUCUAGAACCAUCAGACUGUCCCGAUGUCCAAUCGGCGUCCCUCCUUAAAACAUCGAAAGAGGAUGCAAGCAGUGAAAUGUCCAAUUGUAAUAGAGCUCUCGGUGAGUUGUUUGCUAGCUCAAGUGCGCCAUUCCAGAUAAGAAGCAAUCAAGUUCAAUAUCCUGAAGAAUCAGUAUGGACGUUGGGUUCAAGGCCUAACUUAUCCUUCAUCCAGGAUCACAAUACAGUUCCAGAAGAGGAACUAGAAUCGUCAUCUAGAGUGCGAUUCGGUAAUCUUCAAGAGUGGAAUCGCAUGGCAAAAGUGCCGACAUGUAGAAGUAAAAACAGAAAUUUUCCUCGAAACUUGGCAACAACUGUUUCGAAAGAGAAUCUGGUGGGGUAUAGAAGCAUUAUGCAUACGGAUGGCGCUAGCUUUUCGCCUGCAAGUUCUGGCGUUGGUGCAGCUGGUCCAUUUCAGGACAUUCUUCGGGUCAACGGGGAAUUUACCACAUCAAACAAUACAAUUUCUAGCUUCAUCACUUCUAAUGCUGCGGAGUCACUCGGUGGAAGUUGUGCUCCUGCGCAUUCAGAACUGCGACUCAAUGAGUACGAGGUUCAUGUCCCCAGUACGAGAAUGGUGUCGUGGGACUGCUAGGCUCCAUGUCUCAGCCCGCUUACAAUCUCCUAGCUUCUGUAAUAAUGACUUUUAUCUCCCACUUCCUUGAGAAAUGAUUCAGAUUCUCUUAUGUACCUUUAUUUUCAUUAUUUCUUUUCUGUGGGAGGGGCUUGUCAACUCAACUGUAGUUACUUUGAAUUGUUUCCACAUUUAAUGAUUCAGUUUAUAAAAAUUAUGGCGAGGGCAGUUAAUCUCAGGCUCUAGCUGAAGACGAGGAUCUGUUGGGAAGAUUGACCGAGCCAUUUCACAAGGUUCCAUGUCUUCGUCUUACUGAACGUCAACGAAGAAAGAGAAAAUUCUACCUUGAAGAGAUGAUGAAGUUGGUGCUAAAUUUGGAGGACGAUUGCACCUCCUCUCAUACUAAUUGCACCCAUCCUAGGAACCUUUUCUGAAAAUGGUUAAUUGACGUGAAUGCUAUUUUUCAUUCAUGCUUAUUGUGUUUUCUAUGACUCCAUAAUUGACCCUCUUUAUUACA